CAUUAUUUGUUCCGAAAAAUUGUUGCGUCUAGUUCAAGCUUCAAACUUGAGCAAUCAAAUCCCUGUAUAUCUCUGCAAUUCCACUAGGUCUCGGCGAUGAGGGUUCGCUUUUCUCGUCUGAGUUGAUCUCAAACAGAACCGAAUUCGCCCCUGUUAGAGUUCCGGGUUUGACUUGUCGUUUUGCAAGCCAUUGCCUCCUUUCUCCAAUUUGAGACCGAAGUUAAAUUACCCAUCUCCUGAUUCUCUUGUAAAUUCAACUUUUAUACCGAAAGUUCCAAACUUGGUCAACUGGGGUUACUGGGGUAGUGUCAUCUAUUGGGUCCAUCAAUGUUGCAAUUUGUUUGCUUUUUAGUAUUUUUUUUAUAAUUAUUAUGAUUAUUACUCUGCAAUGUGGAUUGUGCUUUGUUUUGUUUUAGAGUUUAAUUGUUGAUUGUUGUUGAUCACCAUAUUAAAAUAAUUUUCUGUUACAUGAGUUUAUUUUAUUUUAUUUUAUUUUUAAUUUUGGGAACUUGUUUUUGACAUGGUGCUGUUUGUGUUCUUUUGGUGUAAAUUUUGCCUCAAGGAAGGUAUGAUGGGAAAGAAUUCCAAGGGAAAAUGUGGAUCGCCUUCUCGUCAAUCCAUGAAAGAGAAGGAGAAACACUUGGUGGAUAAGAUACAAGGGAUUUUCACCAAUCUUCAGUAUGCAAGAAAGGAGAACAGGGCUAAUGACAUUGUGAUCUGUGAGGAGCAGAUGCAUCAGUUUCUGCGGGAGUGGAAGGCGGAACUGGAGUCUCCAGCCACCUCCUUAGCUAAUGGAAGCUUUGAUUCGUUUACCGGGGAACUAGCCCAACUAUUGCAAGAAAUUGAGGAGCAAGAUGAUGCAACAAGUCCAUUAACAAAACCUGUGCCAUUGAAGACUGAGCCCCAUCCAAAUAACGUUAGUGAUAGCAGUUAUCCAUUUUUUGAGGAGAAGUGUUUUAAUGAUAACCAACCACUAUAUCAUACUUUUGAAGGCUCUUCUUCAACUCUCUACAACAAUGCCUUUAAUAACUCAGAUAUAAUUCAGUUGGACUAUCAUCAACUCAGCUUGAAUCACAAUUUGGAUCACAACACAGUAGGCCACAACUCGGAUUUAAUUGGUCAAUUUGAUCUAAGCCAGGAACUCAGGCACCACACAGAAAUGAAAAACUCUGAGUCAACUCAAAUUAUUUUCGAUGAAGGCUUUGAUUGUAGCCAAUUUUUCGGAGAUGAUGAUCCUGUGCAGUGUGGAGACAAUAUUAUACCUAACAUUCUUCCAAGUAUCCGCCCUCCACCUUCUGCAUUUUUAGCUCCAAAAUGUGCACUAUGGGAUUGUUUCAGACCUGCUCAAAGGUUAGAAUGGUGCCAGGACUACUGUAGCAGUCACCAUGAGCUUGUGGCAAAUAAAGAGGGCCUUCCUGGCACGACUCCGAUCGUGCGACCUCGAGGCAUUGACAUCAAAGAUGGUCCUUUGUUUGCUUCUGUUCUAGCAAAGACACAGGGAAAGGAAGUGGGCAUCCCUAAAUGUGAAGGUGCUGCUUCCACUAAAUCCCCCUGGAAUGCUCCUGAGUUCUUUGAUCUUUCUCUUCUUGAGGGUGAAACUGUUAGGGAGUGGCUCUUCUUUGACAAACCAAGAAGGGCAUUUGAAAGUGGAAAUAGAAAGCAGAGAUCGCUCCCAGAUUACAGUGGGCGUGGUUGGCAUGAGUCAAGGAAGCAGGUGAUGAAGGAACAUGGGGGACAAAAGAGGUCCUACUACAUGGAUCCCCAGCCUCUUAGUUAUCUCGAGUGGCAUUUGUUCGAGUACGAAAUCAAUAACCAUGAUGGCUGCGCAUUAUACAGACUAGAGCUAAAGCUCGUGGAUAAAAAGAAAAGUCCUAAAGGAAAAGUGACGAGGGAAUCUCUUACUGAUUUACAGAACAAGAUGGGGAAACUAACUGCCGCCGUUUCAUCAUCUGAUGAUGCACUCCCUGACAAGGGAAACACAACACCCAAGUCUAAGAAUGUUGGGUGUCCUGAAAAUUAAGCAAAUUUCGAUGUGGUGAUUGCGCCAAAUGACUGAACAAAGUGUACAUAUUUGGGGAUGGAUCACUGCAUGUAGAAAUUUCUAACAGUCCCUGAACAAGGUAACAGCUGUUUCUUGUCGUAGAAGGUGUUCAAACCCUAGUCUCCUGAGUUUAUCAUUUUUCUGCGUUUGGAUAUUGGCAUUAUGUAAAUUCAGUGCGGCUUUUGUUUAAAGGUUUAAAAAGUUUUAUAGGAUCA